CAUUACACGAGAUAGCUAAAUCAGAGAAGACCAAUAGAACACUGGGUUGUCUUUGGGUGCAGUCACGUGACGUCGCCGCUGCAACCUGCUUCCGUACAGGCUUGCGGUCCGGUUCUGAGCGAAAGAAAGGAUGGCUGAGCCGCCUCGGUCAUGCGACUGUUUCGUAUCACUGCCCCCCGGCUCCCAAGAUGACCACGUGAUAUUCGGCAAGAACUCGGACCGUCCCCGAGACGAGGUCCAGGAGGUCGUUUACUAUCCUGCCGCUUCCCACCCUCCUGGUGCCUCGGUGGAGUGCACGUAUAUCUCCAUCCCCCAGGUGGAACGCACUCAUGCCGUGGUCUUGAGUCGACCCGCCUGGCUGUGGGGUGCGGAGAUGGGGGCCAACGAGCACGGCGUUUGCAUCGGUAACGAGGCCGUGUGGACGAAAGAGCCGGUGGGAGACGGAGAGGCUCUCCUGGGCAUGGACCUGGUCCGACUGGGCCUGGAGCGUGGGUGCAGUGCCCGGGCAGCGCUGGAUGUAAUCACAGGGCUCCUGGAGCAGCAUGGCCAGGGUGGACCCUGCAGGGAGGAGCCUGAGCCCUUCAGCUACCACAACACCUUCCUGCUGGUGGACCGCUCCGAGGCAUGGGUGUUGGAGACCGGUGGCAAGCUCUGGGCAGCGCAGCAGGUCACAGCCGGGGUGAAGAACAUCUCCAACCAGCUGACGAUAGACACGGAGAUCUCUCUGGAGCACCCGGACCUGCGCUCCGUGGCCCAGGCACAGGGGUGGUGGGACGGCCAGGAGCCCUUCAGCUUCAACGCCACCUUCAGCCCCGACAACCCGCCCGCACGCAUGGAGCUGGCUAAACAGCGCUACCGCGGCGGCACCGAGCUCCUGCGUCAGCACGACGGCUCGGUCACGGCUGAGGUGAUGAUGACCAUCCUGAGGGACAAGCCCAGCGGCAUCUGCAUGGACUCCGGUGGCUUCUGCACCACGGGCAGCAUGGUGUCCAUUCUGCCCCGCGACCCGGCAUACCCCUGCGUACACUUCUUAACUGCCACCCCGGACCCCUCCAGGUCCGUGUUUAAGCCUUUCAUCUUCUCGGAGCUGAUGAUCCCGGUCACCAGGGUCGUCUCGCCUCAGUACGGCCCCGACGACCCAGCCAAGAAACAGCCGCGGUUCCAGAGCCGCGUCGACCGGCAGCACGAUCUGUACAAAGCUCACCAGGAAGCACAGCACACCAUCGAGAAGAACCCGCAAGCUGGAGAGGUCCUCAUGGAGACGCUUCGCUACCUGGAAUCUCAGUGUCUGAUUGACAUCGCCGCCAUGCUCCGAGGAGAGAUUCCUGGCGAGGAGCUGGGAGAUCUCUUCUUCGACUGUGUCGACACAGAGCUGAAGUUUUACCAGUGAGACAGAACAGCUCCAUGACGAGGACAUGAGAACCUGCUGAUCCCUGAGCCCUAAGGUCCGUGACCCCUGAAUGAGCAUUCCUGUCUCUUCCAUUUCCCUAGCUCGUAAUAGUGUCACAAUGCCAUGCAUUCAUUAUCGCCGACUGUCCGUAGUCAUUUCGAUGGGAGCACCAUCUAUGUGGUUACCAUGCAAAAGGGUUGGGUGUUAGGGGGGGGGGGGGGGGGGGGGUGUUGAGGAGGAGAUGCCAGUUCAUCAGUGCACUACAUUAGUGAGAGUGUGUUUUGUCAUAGUCUGCCAGAGGUGUGCGGAUGUAGAUCUGUGUGAUGCUAUUUGUAAAGUCACGCUGCUUGUUGUUGCUGCAAGUGAGGAUCGGCUCAGAAGAAAACAAGUCCCUUUUGUGAGUCCUGUUGAUAUGAAUAAUAAAGUUUAAGGUCUGGCUACCAAAAAA